ACGGGAGCGCGGUAGGCGGGGGCGCGCUCGGCCAUGGCUGCCUUCCGACGGCGCGGCCGAGCGCACUCGGUGUUUAGCCACGAAUUCGUGAUUCAGAACCGGGCGGACAUCGCCGCCGUCCUCGUUGUCUUGGUGCUCAUCGGUCUUAUGUUCGAGGUUACUGCAAAGACUGCCUUCAUGUUCAUCUCCCCACAAUACAAUAUCAGCACAAGUACAGCAGAUGGGGAUGUUGUUUAUUAUGUCUACGGAACCAGUGACUGUGUUACCAUCUCAUUCUAUAUCUUCAUUACCAUAAUCUUACACGCUGUUGUCCAGGAGUACGUGCUCGAUAAACUGAACAAGAGGCUGCACCUCUCGAAGGUCAAACACAGCAAGGUGAAUGAGUCUGGCCACUUGGUAGUUCUCCACCUUGGCUCAAGUGUCUGGGGCCUCUACAUCAUCGUCAGCGAGGGUUACAUCAGUUCCCCGUCCAGUCUGUGGGAGGAUUAUCCACACACCCACCUCACCUUCCAGAUGAAGUUCUUCUAUCUGUACCAGAUCUCAUACUGGAUCCACAUGCUCCCAGAGCUUUACUUCCAGAGAGUGCGCAAGGAGGAGAUUCCACGUCAGUUACUCUACAUCACCUUGUACCUCCUGCACAUCACAGGGGCCUACCUACUCAACCUGACGCGGUUGGGGCUCGUGUUACUGGUGUUACAGAGUGUGGCAGAAUUGGUGUUUCACCUGGCCCGGCUAUUGUACUUCACCAAUGAGGACAACCAGAGGCUGUUUAACGUGUGGGCAGUGGUGUUUGUCCUGACCCGUCUUGUCACCCUCACUCUGGCCGUGCUGGUUGUGGGCUUUGGUCUCUCCCGGGUCCAACAUCAAACCUUCAACGUGGAAAAAGGAAUCUUUAACUCCCUUCCAAUCCGACUCACCAUUCUUCUGGCUGCCUGCCUCCCCCAGGGGUGGAUGAUGUGGCGUUUCAUCAACUUUCAGCUGCGUCGCUGCCGGGAGUCCCAACUGGAGCAGGCAGCACGCAGGAGGGGCGCAGUACCCGGGCCCCGGCCCAGGGGCCAGCGCAGGGAUGCAGGUUACCAAGAGAACGGCUUGAUCAAAUCUGAAAACGGAGUUUCCCCUCGAACUCGCAAACUCCGCUGCUCCUGACUUGCCGGAUCAAUGUGUGGACUCACCAAGUGGCUGAUCCGACAGCACUGUGCUCCCCACCAUCCAAACCCGAAGCAGUCCCUAGCCUACAGUGUCUCACCUCCCCAUCCCAUCUGGUGCCUCCCUCACCACGUACCACAGGCAGCAUAAAGAGCCCUGUCUGAACUCUGUCCCACCUUGGGGCUCCAAAGGCUGUACACAAAUGUAUGAGCGGGCAUGCACUAGUGCAUGCAUGUGCAUACAUGCACGAUUGUGUCUGUGAUUGUGCCUGUCAAUGCAAGCGUGUGUGCAUCUCUGGACGUCUGCACUUGCCCCUGCUGAGGAGUGCAGUGUCUGCCUGUAGUACCGAUGGUGACGUGAGGGGCUUGUCUCAGAGUCUUGGGUCGAAUGGUCACCAAACCUGAGAUUACACAAAAGGAGAUACUGGAGGGAGGGUCGGGCUCUUGUGCACCUGGCUCCAGUGGGGAACCCUCUGUUUCAAAAGCCCCACCUGCAGGGGCAUCGCUGAGAGGUGACUGUGGGAAUUGGGACCAGCUGAACUGUGAUACAACUUAGUAAAAGAGCAACAUGACAUUAA